UUUCUUCAGGAAACAGUACACGAUACACUGGGCUUGACUGAUGUUGGUACACGCGAGUCCUAUGGACCGUCGAUCUGAUCCGGUGCCUCCUGCGGUCGGCACUCGGGGAAGACGGAAGCGAGAACUGAUUCAAUAGCUGGUCUCACUCAAUUCGCAGAUCAAAAAUCGAACUCUAAAGAACAUAAUGGAAGGCACCUCAGGUAGACGUGAUUUUGUAGAGAGUGAUGGGGGUUCAGAUGAUGAAACCUUUGAAAACUUUGGGGAACAUGAAGCCUCAGAAGAUGGACUGUUGAGUUGUGAUUCACCUGUUCUAAAUGAAGAGUUGAUUUUGAGGGAACCGACAAUGGAAGGUUUGAGUAUGCAAAACUUGGAACCAUUUAGUGGGAUGACUUUUCCAUCAUUAGAUGAUGCUAGGAAUUUCUAUUAUGAGUAUGCCAAGCGUGUGGGAUUCACCAUAAGGACAAACCGAAUCCGUCACUCACUAAAGAACAUGGCGGUAAUUGGCAGAGACUUUGUUUGUUCUAGAGAAGGUUUUCGUGCAGCAAAGCACACAUCUAGAAAAGAUAGGGUACUUCCUCCACGGCCAAUUACAAGAGAAGGGUGCAAGGCAAUGAUAAGGCUGGCAGCAAGGGAUGGGAACAAAUGGGUGGUCACAAAAUUCGUAAGAGAGCACAACCACAAACUAAUGACUCAUUGUAAAUUUGCUGGGGAGCUACCAAUUAUAAAUAUUCUCAGUGAGGAAGAGAAGGAUAAGAAAAUCCAGGAUUUAUACAAUGAAUUGCAGCUUGAAAGAGAACGAUCUGCAGGAUUUCAACAACAGCUAGGCAUGAUUCUCAAAGAUCUUGAGGAACAUGCUGACUUCAUGUCUGUAAGAGUUGAAGAUGUGGUUAACAAAAUGAGGGAAAUCGAACUUGAUGAUCAAUAAGCCACAGAUAGAGGUGCUGUUUUCUCAUGACCCGUUAUUUGUCCCUUUUAUCAAAUUACAGCAUCAACUUCUCCACAGUGGCUAGCUGUCUUUGGAAUCUGAACAUCUUCCAUCUCCUACCACGUUGUUCAUUGGUAACAGAUAUCCUUAGUUUGGUUGAAACCCGGCUCCAUUCAAGUACAGUUUUCCUCAAACUCAAAUCAUUUAAUGAGUUUCUGCAUUUUGAAAAUUUGUUGGUGAUUGAGUUUUGUGUUACCUUCUUCUCCCCCAUUACCAAGCCUCAAAGUUCUCCUUCACAUUAGGACUGUAUUUCCAUUUCCUUGUUCUGUUGUACUCGAACUGUUUCAGUCCAGGUAUUAGGUAAUUAUCACCCAUGAAGAGGAAGACGAUGAUGCCACCACAACGAUGAUGAUGAGUUUGUAAUAGCAGCAAUGCCCAUGUGUUUGAGUGUGUCAUGGAAGAAAAUUAGGUUUUAAACAGUUCCCAAUCUGCUUCUAGUCCUCUCUGCCUUAAACAUGUAGUUGCCUUUGAUGAUCAGCAGGUGUAUGACUUCUCCCUUGACUCUUGAGGAUGUUUUGGUGGAAGAGCUGCCCAAAAAACUCUGAUGGAGUGUUCAGAUGGUCUCAACAGAUACUUUGCAUAAAGAUUUCCAGGAAUCAACAGUGAGAUUUGGCCCUAAAAUUUUCAGAUAUUAAAUUUUCUUUGUAAGUCUUUUUUUUUUUUUUUUUUUUAGCUCUCGACUUAGGGUGUGUUUGGAAUAUUGGAAUAGGAAAUAAGAAUGAAAAAUUCAUUCCA